AUGCCUUAUUUGUUCUCUUUUAUUUGCCUUUUUGUAUUUUCUCCUUUGUCUGCCUUUAUUUUCUUUCUUUCCCUUUUUCUUUUUUCCAACUAUGCCUUAUUUGUGCUCUUAUUUGCCUUUUUGUAUUUUCUCCUUUGUCUGUAUACUCUUUCUUUUCCCUCCUUUUUCAACUUAUGCCUUAUUUGUGCUCUUUAUUUGUCUUUUUUUCUCUUUUCUCCUUUGUCUGUAUCCUCUUUCUUUUUCCCUCUCUUUUCAAACUAUGCCUUAUUUGUGCUCUUAUUUGCCUUUUGUUUUUCUUUUUGUCUUUUUUUUCUUUCUUUCUUCUUUCUCCUCGCUUUUUUCUAUCCUUAUUUGGGCUCUUAUUUGCCUUUUGUAUUUUUCUCCUUUGUCUGUAUACUCUUUCUUUUCCCUCGCUUUUUCCAACUAUGCCAUGUUGUGCUCUUAUUUCCUUUUGUAUUUUCUCCUUUUCUGUAUUUUCUCUCUUUCUUUUCCCUCGCUUUUUCAACUAUGCCUUAUUUGUGCUCUUAUUUGCCUUUUGUAUUUUCUCCUUUUCUAUAUACUUUUCUUUUCCCUCUCUUUUUUAUGCCUUAUUAUACCUUAUUUUUCUCCUCUUAUUUGUUUUUUGUAUUUUCUCCUUUUGCCUUUUGUAUACUCUUUUUUUUUUUUCUCUCCUUUUUCAACUUUUCCCUUAUUUGUGCUCUUAUUUGCCUUUUGUAUUUUCUCCUUUGUCUGUAUACUCUUUCUUUUCCCUCCUUUUUCAACUAUGCCUUAUUUGUGCUCUUAUUUGCCUUUGUAUUUUUCCUUUGUCUGUAUACUCUUUCUUUUCCCUCGCUUUUUCAACUAUGCCUUAUUUGUGCUCUUAUUUGCCUUUUGUAUUUUCUCCUUUGUCUGUAUACUCUUUCUUUUCCCUCGCUUUUUCAACUAUGCCUUAUUUGUGCUCUUAUUUGCCUUUUGUAUUUUCUCCUUUGUCUGUAUACUCUUUCUUUUCCCUCGCUUUUUCAACUAUGCCUUAUUUGUGCUCUUAUUUGCCUUUUUUUAUUUUCUCCUUUGUCUGUAUUCUCUUUGUAUUUUUCUUUUCCCUCGCUUUUCAACUUAUACCUUAUUUGUGCUCUUAUUUGCCUUUUGUAUUUUCUCCUUUUUUCUGCUUUUUAUACUCUUAUUUCUUUUCCCUCUUUCUUUUUCGCUUUUCAACUAUGCCUUAUUUGUGCUCUUAUUUGCCUUUUGUAUUUUCUCCUUUGUCUGUACUCUUUCUUUUUCUUUUCUAUGCCUUAUUUCUCUUUUUCCAAUUUUGUCCUUUUCUUAUACUCUUAUUUGUCCUUUUUUAUACCUUUUUUCUCCAUUUUUCCUUUGUCUGUAUACUCUUUUUUUCCCUCUUUUUCAACUAUGCCUUAUUUAUUGCUCUUAUUUGCCUUUUGUAUUUUUCUCCUUUUUUCUCUUUUUCUUUCUUUUUUCCCCUUUUUCAACUAUACCUUAUUUGUGCUCUUAUUUGCCUUUUGUAUUUUUCUCCUUUGUCUGUAUACUCUUUCUUUUCCCUCACUUUUCAACUAUACUUUAUUUGUGCUCUUAUUUGCCUUUUGUAUUUUCUCCUUUGUCUGUAUACUCUUUCUUUUCCCUCCUUUUCAACUAUGCCUUAUUUGUGCUCUUAUUUGCCUUUUGUAUUUUCUCCUUUGUCUGUAUACUCUUUUCUUUUCCCUCUCUUUUUUCAACUAUGCCUUAUUUGCUCUUAUUUUCUUUUGCUUUUUCUAUUUUGCCUUUUUAUUUUCUCCUUUGUUUGUAUACUCUUUCUUUUCCCUUGCUUUUUCAACUAUGCCAUAUUUGUGCUCUUAUUUCCUUUUGUAUUUUCUCCUUUGUCUGUAUACUCUUUCUUUUCCCUCGCUUUUCAACUAUGCCUUAUUUGUGCUCUUAUUUGCCUUUUGUAUUUUCUUCCUUUUCUGUAUACUCUUUCUUUUCCCUCGCUUUUUCAACUAUGCCAUAUUAGUGCUCUUAUUUCCCUUUUGUAUUUUUGUCCUUUUUCUGUAUACACUUUCUUUUCCCUCGCUUUUUGAACUAUGCCUUAUUUGUGCUCUUAUUUGCCUUUUGUAUUUUCUCAUUUGUCUGUAUACUCUUUCUUUUCCCUCGCUUUUUCAACUAUGCCUUAUUUGUGCUCUUAUUUGCCUUUUUGUAUUUUCUCCUUUGUCUGUAUACUUUUUUCUUUUCCCUCGCUUUUCAACUAUGCCUUAUUUGUGCUCUUAUUUGCCUUUUUAUUUUCUCCUUGUUUUUUCUCCUUUUUCUGGCCUUAUUUGUGCUCUUAUUUGCCUUUUGUAUUUUCUCCUUUGUCUGUAUACUCUUUCUUUUCCCUCUCUUUUUCAACUAUGCCUUAUUUGUGCUCUUAUUUGCCUUUUGUAUUUUCUCCUUUGUCUGUAUACUCUUUCUUUUUUCCCCCUUUUCCAACUAUACCUUAUUUGUGCUCUUAUUUGCCUUUUGUAUUUUUCUCCUUUGUCUGUAUACUCUUUCUUUUCCCUCCUUUUUUCAACUAUGCCUUAUUUGUGCUCUUAUUUGCCUUUUGUAUUUUUCUCCUUUGUGUGUAUACUCUUUCUUUUCCCUCGCUUUUUCAACUAUGCCUUAUUUGCCUCUUAUUUGCUUUCUUAUUUCCCUUUUUUGUACUCUUUCUUUUUUUGCUUUUCAACUAUCUCUUAUUUGUCUCUUAUUACUUUUUUUAUUUUCUCCGUUGUCUGUAUUUUCAACUUUCCCUCUCUUUUUUCAACUAUACCUUAUUUGUGCUCUUAUUUCUCCUUUGUAUUUUCUCCUUUGUCUGUAUACUCUUUCUUUUCCCUCUUUCUUUUUCAACUAUGCCUUAUUUGUGCUCUUAUUUGCCUUUUGUAUUUUCUCCUUUGUCUGUAUACUCUUUCUUUUCCCUCGCUUUUUCAACUAUGCCUUAUUUGUGCUCUUAUUUGCCUUUUGUUUUUUCUCCUUUGUCUGUAUACUCUUUCUUUUCCCUCCCUUUUUGAACUAUGCCUUAUUUGUGCUCUUAUUUGCCUUUUGUAUUUUCUUCCUUUUCUGUAUACUCUUUCUUUUCCCUCGCUUUUUCAACUAUGCCAUAUUAGUGCUCUUAUUUGCCUUUUGUAUUUUCUCCUUUGUCUGUAUACUCUUUCUUUUCCUCCUUUUCUAUGCCAUAUAUUUUCCCUCUUAUUUGCCUUUUUAUUUUCUGCUUUGUCUUAUUUUUCUUUUUGCUUUUUUUUUUUGCUCCCUUUUUCUCCUAUGUUUUAUUUGUUCUCUCUUAUUGGCCUUUUUGCUCCCCUUUUUCUCCUUUUUUGUAUACUCUUUCUUUUCCCUCGCUUUUUGAACUAUUUAUUUGUCUCUUAUUUGCCUUUUGUGUUUUUCUCCUUUGUCUGUAUACUCUUUCUUUUCCCCUUUUUGAACUAUGCCUUAUUUGUGCUCUUAUUUGCCUUUUGUAUUUUCUCCUUUUCUGUAUACUCUUUCUUUUCCCUGCUUUUUUCAACUAUGCCUUAUUUGUGCUCUUAUUUCCUUUUUUGUAUUUUUUCUCCUUUUUCUGUAUUCUUCUUUUUUCCCCUUUUUUUUCAACUAUGCCUUAUUUGUGCUCUUAUUUGCCUUUUUGUAUUUUUCCUUUGUCUGUAUACUCUUUCUUUUCCCUCACUUUUUCAACUAUGCCUUAUUUGUGCUCUUAUUAUUUUUAUAUUUUUGUCUUUGUCUGUAUACUCUUUCUUUUUCCCUCGCUUUUUCUUUGCCUUAUUUGUGCUCUUAUUUGCCUUUUGUAUUUUUCUCCUUUUUGUGUAUACUCUUUCUUUUCCCUCGCUUUUUACAUCUAUGCCUUAUUUGUGCUCUUAUUUGCCUUGUAUUUUAUUUGUCUGUAUCUUUUUCUUUUCCUUGUUUUUCCUCUAUGCCUUAUUUUCUCUUAUUUCCUUUUAUUUUUCUCCUUUUUGUUUCUUUCUUUCCCCCUUUUUUUUCAACUAUGCCUUAUUUGUGCUCUUAUUUGCCUUUUGUAUUUUCUCCUUUUUCUAUACACUUUUUCCCUCUUUUUUCAACUAUGCCUUAUUUGUGCUCUUAUUUGUUUUUUGUAUUUUCUCAUUUUUCUGUAUACUUUUCUUUUCCCCUUUUUCAACUAUGCCUUAUUUGUGCUCUUAUUUGCCUUUUUGUAUUUUCUCCUUUGUCUGUAUACUCUUUCUUUUUCCCUCACUUUUCAACUAUGCCUUAUUUGUGCUCUUAUUUGCCUUUUUUGUAUUUUUGUCCUUUUUCUGUAUACUCUUUCUUUUUUCUUUUUGCUUUUUGAACUAUGCCUUAUUUGUGCUCUUAUUUGCCUUUUGUAUUUUCUCCUUUGUCUGUAUACUCUUUCUUUUCCUCGCUUUUUUGAACUAUGCCUUAUUUGUGCUCUUAUUUGCCUUUUUGUUUUUUCUCCUUUGUCUGUAUACUCUUUCUUUUCCCUCUCCUUUUUCAACUAUGCCUUAUUUGUGCUCUUAUUUGCCUUUUUGUAUUUUCUCCUUUUUCUGUAUACCUUUCUUUUCCUCGCUUUUUUUCAACUAUGCCAUAUUUGUGCUCUUAUUUCCCUUUUGUAUUUUGUCCUUUUCUGUAUACUUUUUUCUUUUCCCUCGCUUUUUCAACUAUGCCUUAUUUGUGCUCUUAUUUGCCUUUUUGUAUUUUCUCCUUUGUCUGUAUACUUUUCUUUUCCCUUGCUUUUUUCAACUAUGCCUUAUUUGUGCUCUUAUUUGCCUUUUUGUAUUUUUCCUUUUUCUGUAUACUCUUUCUUUUCCCUCCUUUUUCAACUAUAUGUUUUAUACCUUAUUUGCUCUUUUUUCAGUUUUUAUUUUUUGUCCUCUUAUUUCCUCUUUUCCCUCUUUUUCUAUACCUAUUUUGUCUUAUUUGCCUUUUUAUUUUCUCCUUUGUCUGUAUUUCUUUUCCUCUCUUUUGAACUAUGCCUUAUUUGUGCUCUUAUUUGCUUUUUUGUAUUUUCUCCUUUUCUCUAUACUCUUUUUUCCUUUUCCGUCCUUAUUUUGCUCUUAUUUGCCUUUUUUUAUUUUUCCUUUGUCUGUAUUCUUUUUUUUCUUUUUUGAACUAUGCCUUAUUUGUGCUCUUAUUUGCCUUUUGUAUUUUCUCCUUUGUCCCUUUUUUUCUUUUCAACUAUCCCUUAUUUGUGCUCUUAUUUGUUUUUUGUAUUUUCUCUUUUUCUGUAUCCUUUCUUUUCCCUCUUUUUUUUGA